UGUUUAUGAGUUCAUACCUUAUUUUAGUAUGUUCUUCGCCAUAACUUUAGAAAAUGAGAUGACUCUGAGAAGCAUGUGAGCUAUAAAAACUAUCUAUCGGGUAUUUUUUGGUCUAUCAAUUCAUUUACUUCCGAAGGGCAACGAUGUGUAUCCGCUGUGGCCUUGGAGUACUUCCAUUUCUUUUAGCUGUGCUCUCAGCUAUCACCUUCGUGAUUACCUACAUUAUUUCCCGUGUACGCAACGACACUUCGUGGUUCCCAACUAUCAGCGACACUGCGAGUCGCCGGCCAGAGAGCAACGUUUUCGGACUGCUGUUUAAUUUUUGUUCUCUUCUUGCGCUCUUCACAACUUUUGUGCGGUAUCUUCAGUUGAGACACGAUGCUGAUUGGAAUGAGAGAGAUAGGGCUCUUCUUAUCAGGCUCAACAAAUUGGCUGCGAUGCUUGGUGUAGCUGCAAGUCUUGGUGGAAGCAUAGUGGCCAAUUUUCAGGAAGAUGCUGUCUCAUUUAUCCACACUAUCGGUGCACUCCUUAUUUUUGUGGGAGGUAUUUUGUAUUGCUGGGUUCAAUCUUUUAUUUCUUACAAGAUGAGCGCUUGUGGUGUGAUCACACACAGUCUUUUUAUCUUACGAGUGGCCAUUGCUAUUGCUGUUACAAUCUUCUUCGCCAUAUGUGUUACAGCUACCUCGUAUGCUGGUGUAAAAGGAGUUCGUUACAACCUGGACCCCUACAAAAAGAUGCCACGCUGGACUACAGCAGACAAAAACUACAUUUAUCAUGUCAUUGGAGAUGUUUCUGAAUGGCUCACAGCAUUAACUCUUUUGGGCUACUUGUUCACAUAUUUUGGAGAGUUCAGGUUUGUAAAGAUGAAGAUUGUGGUGUCAAGACAAACACAACAUCCUGUACCUCUAGCAACUGGAAUGGGUUCAGAUGAUAGUCUCCAUGCCUCACUAUAUGUUUAAUGGAAGUUUCAAGUUACUAAUUGCUUGAAAUGAAGGAUUAUGCUUGGAACGGACUUGAUAUGUUUGUUGAUAUAUAUACAAGUUACCAAAUAGUGCUGUAUUUCUGAUACAAAUUAAUUAAACUAUAUUAGUAUUUCUAGCUUUUGUAAAUAAUGUAUCACACAUCUGUUUAUCUACUGCGGAAAAUUUGAUCGAUCUAUCUGUUUUUCCAGGAAAUAUCCAUACUCCUCACAUGAAAGGUUUCAGCACCCUUCCACCCCACCCCCCCCUCCAACAUUCAUUUAAUGUUUACACCAAUCCUCUGGCAGGGGGAGGGGUACGAGAGGAAAUACUUCUUGGAAUUGCAAAGUGCAUGUUAAGUGUGUUAGUUUUUGAACCAAGUGAUCAAACUUUGCAGUUUGAUAGAAGAGGAUAAAUUUUUUUCUUCUACUCUUCUAUUUCGUAGUUAAUAUCAUGAAAAAUGGUAGUGUUUGAUUGCAUCUGACUACAGAUGAGAGAAAGAUUUUCUCUUUUCAAGUGAGUUGAAAUCUAGCAGCUGAGGAUAAAAAAUGGUUAUGGUAAAUAGUGAGUGCUAACUGCAUAAAUCUUCUGUAGUUUCGUGACUAUCAGAUCAGGAAACCUAUUAUUAUAAUUUUAAGAGCAACAGCACUCAGUCUUGUCCUAUGAAGUUUACAUCACUGCAACUUUUCUUGUAAAUCUAAGGAAUUCAGGAAUGAAAAAUGUGAAAUUUAUACAUCUCCCUAAACCCCAAGAGUAAGCAUAAAGUAACCUCUGUGUACAAAUAUGACUACAUUGUCAAACAGAAAGUCAUGGAAAGAAAUAAGGGAAUCUUGCCUGAUUUAUGAUACAAAUCUCAGAACUUAAGUUUUAUGAAUUGUGUGGGAGACAGCAAGGAGAAUUUAUAUUAAAACCUUAAGGGUUUAGAAUUUGAGGUAGCCCCAGAGGUCUUUGAAGACCAGAACUUCACAUUCCAUUCAAGAGAACUUUGUUAAAAGACUCUGCUUGCUGUCAAACGUUAAUGAUUUUAAAUAAACAAAUGGUUUUCCAAACA